GGAGAGUGAGUUGAAGUCUCUAGCACUUGUUGUGUGUUGGGAUUUACAAAGGCUAAGUGACUAAGCGACUUUUCUCUUUGCAAAGUUGAUUCUUUAAUCAACAAUAAAUAUUGCAGUUUUAGGAAAGUAGGAAAAAGAGAUUGUUGUGGAAUAGUUCUCUUAGCAACACUAUAUUCAGCAUCAAGUCCUGUAACAGCUUGAAAAACUAUGUCUUGAUCUGUCAAAAUUUCACCAACACCAUGCAUAUUAUCUGCUGCUUUCUUAACAACUGCAAGUAGUUUAACAUGGACUGUCCAGACUUUUUAUUUUUUUUGGAUAAAAUGUGAAUCUUAUUAUCCAAUAUAACUAUCUGUACCAUAAAGCAGCUAAUAAGUUGGUAUAAAGCGGUGUAGGAGAUCCAUUUCUUCAAUGAUAUGCCGGAUGAGAUCCAUUUCUUCAAUGAUAUGCCGGAUGAUUUAGUCAUUUCUAUUCUCUCCGAGAUCAGCUCCUCCGCUGGUUGUCCUGCAGAUUUCAUGAACGUUUUGAUGACAUGCCAGACAUUAAAGAGAUUGGCGGUUGAUCCUUUUGUGUUAUCCAAAGCCUCCUCGAAAAUGUUCCGCACUAAAGUAGACAAAUGGUCGGAGUCUGCUUGCCGGUUUAUGACACUCUGCGCCGAUGCUGGAAAUGCUGAAGCUCGUAGCGCUUGCUUCUUCCUGGAAGUGUUUGCGUAAGUUCGGAUGAGGACCUGUUUGUAUAACUUCGGACGAAUACUCUUUACAUUUCUUGAUUUAUCAUUUAUGGAACCAUCGCAGCACGAUCGGAGUG